UCUCUCUAUACCUUUCGGCCACCGGAAAACCAAUACCAACUUUCCGGCGACCGACAAUUCGACGUAUCCUUUUGUCGUAAUGGCUACCAAGUUGGGUUUGGUCUUGGUCAUUGCCUGCACAUUGUAUGUGCAUGCAUUUGCUCAAUCGAGUCAAUCCGGCUGCACUGCCACCAUUGCCAGCCAGCUUGCAUCGUGCAUGGGCUACAUAACUGGAAGCUCGGCGACACCCGCGACAUCCUGCUGUUCUGGGCUCGACAAUGUGGUCAAGUCGCAGCCCCAGUGCCUGUGCCAAGUCGUCGGACCCAAUGCUGGGUCCUCGCUAGGGGUCACCGUGAAUCAGACCCUGGCGCUGGCACUGCCUGGUGCUUGCAAUGUGAAGACGCCUUCACCCACCUUGUGCAGCGCUAUAAAUGGCGCACCCACUGCCUCGCCUUCUACUCCAACUCAAACACCACCAAGCACCGUCCAGCCAUCACAGCAGUCAACUCAAACACCACCAAGCACCGUCCAGCCAUCACAGCAGUCUGUUCCAAGCAGCCCUCCGGAAAAGCCAGCAGGCACACCAUCCUCGGUUACUCCUUCGACCAACGGAGGCCCCGCGAACUCUGUGCCUUCUCUGGUGCCCCUCGCCCUCAUCUUCUUCGUUUCCUGUGUUUCUGCCGCUUGGUCCUUCUGAAAUGGCCGCUAGGAGACGUUGUUUCGAUCGAUUCUUUGUAUAUUUUGUUUGGUGUUAUUGCUUGUGGGCUUUGUGAUCAUGUGAUCGUUGGAGAUUGUAUCCUUCUUA